UAUUAUCAUGUGAGUUUACAUUUUACUAAAUGAAUUUGGCAGUUCGCCACAAACCACAAAAGAGUUUGGGUAAUCUAAAUCCAUGUCGCGUCCAAUGGUGUAGUACGCGUUCAUUCUCAAACUGACCCGGUAAAUUUUGAGUUUUUCAUCUCAAAUGAGUGAGAAAAAGGCCGAAGAGGUGGUCGAACCUCUUAAACCACCAAAAGAUGGCGACAUUCCGCUAAUAGUGGGAGAGAAACCAGCGCUGGAAAAGCGACACAGUGAGGCAGUCAACGGUGAGCAUAGCAGGUCAUUUAGCGAACAAGUGAAACAUUUUGAGCGAAAGAUUCGCGCGUAUAACAAAGCGAAGGACAAGGUUAACGAAGGAGAAGCUCUGAGCAAUUUGGGAAUAUUAUAUUACAAAGCAUCAAAGUUUGCCGAGGCGAGAAGCUGCCAUGAAAGGCAUCUUAACUUGGCCAAGGCAGUCCAAAAUAAACGCGCCGAAAAGAGAGCGUAUUGCAACUUAGGUUGCACAUAUCGACGUAUUGGAGAUUUAGACAAAGCUGUCGAGUGUUACGAGGAAGGACUCAGACUUGUAAAGGAACUGCAAGACAAGGUCGGAGAAGCGAAACUCUUAAACAACCUCGGAAAUAUUCUCGAGCAGAGAAGUGACUUUGACCAAGCAGUUUAUUGUCAUCAGAGACGACUUCAUGUUGCUAAAGAGUUAAAAGAUUUGGACGGCGAAAGCAAGGCUUGCGCUAGCUUAGGAAAUAUUUACCAUUUGCAGGGGAAUAUCCGAGAAAGUAUCAACUACUAUGAAAAAUUGGUGGCGUGUCUGAAAUAUAAACUAGCAAUGCAAGAAAAGAAAACCAAGAGCGAAGAGAGUUCCGAGAGCAGUUCUCCCCCCGGGAGCUCAUCAAGUAAAACCAGAGACGACUCCAGUAAACUACAGGUGAAAAGGGGGGAGGAUCGCGAGGAGCGAGGAAGUAACAGCAGAAGAUCGAGCAGUGGUGGCAGAAGUGGGGGAAGUGGAGGCAAAGCAUCGUCAGUUCACUGGAAAGGAGAUAAUUCUGGAAUAUAAAAAAACAUGGGAUACUCAGGACAGUAUUUAAAGGAGUCCUCAAUAUAUUUUGAGUUAUUUUGGCCUCGUACCAAAUGUCCUUAAACUUUAAAUAGAUCGAAACUGAAAAUAAUAGUUUACGAAGACAUAAAAACACCAAAGAGAUAGGAACAAGGAUGGCAAAGGAUG